AUGCUCGAAACCAUCCUCAACUGGGCUAAACCCAGCCCCAGCCAACAACAACAACAACAACAGCCACCACAAUCACAAUCACAACAGUCCGACCAACAACAACAAGCAGCACAACAACAAUCCGACCCCAUCAAAGAAUGGACCCCCAUCACCCCCAACACAAAAUACAAGCUCCUCCUCGGCGGACUGGGCUUCCUCGCCUUCAGCCUAAGCGCCACCCGGCGCGCAAUCAACAGACGCACGCUCAGCGCCCGACCCCCCUUCUACACGUCCUCGCCGUACCACCGCCCCGACGCCAACGGCGGCGCGGAAGCCUUCGAGGCGCUGCAUCUGGCGACGAUAAACGUCGUCUCGGUGGGCAUGGCUGCGACGGGGGCUGCGAUGUUCGCGUUUGGUGUCGACGGUGUGCAGGAUAUGAGGGGGUAUAUGCGUCGGGGCAUGGGGAUCGAGGAUGAGCAUGGGAAUCCGAUUGUGCCGAAGUCGGGGGGUGGGGAUGAGGAGAUUGAGAGGGAUAUUGAGGAGUGGGUGGGGAGUGUGUUGGGGCAGAAGUAUGGGGAUGCGUUGAAGAAGGAGAGGGAUGGGGAGGCAGAGGGGGUGGUGGAGGGGAAGGCGGCUUAG